GGACACGAAAACACGUUUUGGCGCUCUUAACUACAAUAUGCAAUAUGGUUGGUUGUAUGAGAACCGUUAAUUAUGUAUACAUAUUAUUCCCAAGCUGAGGCCUUCUUUACUUGAUUCUCUCUUCUCUAUCUUCAUCAGAAUUUUCCAAUUCCAUCUCCUUCCUUCUAUGAAGUUAAGCUCAGACCACUCUUAUCUCUUACUUUGCUAACCUACAACAACAACAAAUAUGGCUUUAGCUUUUAAUGGCUUAACCCCACAAACCAGAGCUCUGGGCUUUUCAUGGAGGAGAUUGGUUCCUUCACAAACGCAAUUCUCCACUUGGGUUUGUCUUCCAAAGAAACCAAUUGCCCAGAAAACCAUUUCAAAUUCCGCUGCUAAAACCUCCGAUUCAAUUCUCUCUGUCUCAGAUGUUGAGUCUCGCCAAAUUGAGGAGGACAACACUAAUGGAAUCACUCCCACUUCCACUUCUACUUCGACUACUGCGUGGAUGGAAUUUGCCAAAAAUGUAUCUGGUGAAUGGGAUGGGUUUGGAGCUGAGUUUUCAAAUGAAGGAAUUCCAAUUGAGCUUCCGGAACGUGUUGUACCGGAUGCUUUCCGGGAAUGGGAAGUUAAGGUUUUUGACUGGCAGACACAAUGUCCCACUCUAGCUGAUCCAAAAGACAAUGUUGUUUCAUACAGGUUGAUUAAGCUACUCCCUACAGUGGGAUGUGAGGCUGAUGCUGCUACAAGAUUUAGCAUCGAUGAGAGGAGUGUUGGAGGUCCAGAUAGUGGUGUAUCUGCCUUUGCUUAUCAACCAAGUGGAUCUUAUGUUGCUGUCUGGCCCAUUGAUGAAAAGGGUUCUCAUAAUUUGUUUGAGUUGGAGCAUUGCUUGAUCAAUCCCGAAGAUAGGGAGUCUCGAAUGAGAAUAAUUCAGAUACUCCGUGUUGAGAAUGAGAAGCUAGUGUUGCAUAGUAUUAGAGUGUUUGUUGAGCAGUGGUAUGGACCAUUCAGAAAUGGGGAUCAGCUUGGUGGAUGUGCCAUUCGGGAUUCGGCAUUUGCUUCUACUCCUGCCUUAAAAGCUUCUGAACUGGUUGGCGUAUGGCAGGGUCCAGCUGUGGUUGCUAACUUCGACAGUUCUCAGGACUUUCUUCAACAACUUCUAGAUGACAGAGAUAGGAAGUCAGUAAGAGAUGAACGUGACAUUAUCUUGCUUCCAAAGCAAUUGUGGUGUUCAGUGAAAGCAUGUGAAGGUGGUGGUGAUACUCUCUGUGAGGUGGGAUGGCUGUUCAACAAUGGCCGUGCAAUCACAUCAGAAUGCACCUUCUCCAGCAAAGCAACUUUAAAGGAAGUUUCAAUAGCUUGUGAAUCUACAGCCUUGGAGGGUACAUAGCCCCCUCGAUAUUCUGUCAACUAAAAUCUUUGUUAAUUCUUCCUUUUCUCCUUAAAACACAAUCCAAAGCUUAUAAUGACAAUGUGAAACAGCCCAUGUGCGUGUCAUUUGUAAGUAUAUAUAGAUAUACAUAUACAAAAAUUCUACUCCAAAUUCAUAGUAUUGUAAUGUCAUACUCAUAUGCUCCAUAUUUUUCUCUGCCAGAUUCUCUUGGUAUUUGUUUGUACUGUGAGAAGUUGUUAUAUUGGUUACUGUUUUCUGUGUCAUUGUUUGAUUCUAUAGUAAAAUUCUUCUCAUA